AUCUCCCUUCUCUAUUAGCCAAUGAAGUAGCGGGUAUGAGACAGUCGCCGUGGCUAUCGAAGCAAAUGAAAAAAAGCUAACGUUAGCUUACCGUGUACUGUUCUCUUUGCUAGUUAGCCGGGCCUUACCCCUGUAAUACAGAAAGUGAGAACAUAACGACGUUUAACGGAAAAGUAAAGAUUAUCUAGCUAAUUGUGUAGCUAUUCCUGUAAAUAGAAAAUGGCGGAGAAGCCAGAGGCUGGAGAAAGUGAAGAAGAGGUUGAAGAUGUCUACGAAGUGGAGAGGAUUAUUGACAUGCGAACAGAGGAGGGGGAGGUUCUGUACCGUGUUCGCUGGAAGAACUACACAUCAGAUGAUGACACCUGGGAACCUGAGGCCCACCUCGAGGACUGCAGGGAGGUGCUGCUGGCCUACAAAAGAGCUUUGGCUGAGGCUAAGGCCAAGAAAGACCUAGAUGCUAAGAAAGGCAUGGUAAGUCCCAUCCCGGAGGAUCAUAGCCAUCAUAAGCAAGGCUUGAAGCUGCCCAUGAAGAGUGAUGUGUUCGAUGCUGACUCUGACAGUGACAGUGAUAAAGGUAAACCUGCAGACCUGCCUGUUAAGAAGAAGAAGAAAAAGAAGCAGCCUCGAGAAGACGAGGAUUCACCUUCGAAGGAGAAGAGGAAAAAAAAGAAAGACAAGCGCAAGGAGGACUUUAGGCCUCGCCCUGCACCAGAGUCUGAUGAAGAUGAGCUUUCCCCGCCACCAACCCCGGGCCGCGGAACCAAGAUGUCCGACUCCAAAAAAAGAUUUGUUGACUCUGACGAAGAGGAAGAAAUCCAUGUUCCCUCCAAGAAGCACAGGAAGGACAAGGCCAAGGAUGGCGGAAAGCAUGGGAAGAAAGAGAAGGUGGAGGAAGGAAAGAGGAAUAAGAAGUCAAAGAGGGAUCGGAAGGGUGAUUUGGAGUCCACUGAAGAUGAGGCCACUGCCCCCCUGGAGGAGGAGCUUAGUGAUGGGCCGUCGGAGUCCCAGACGGAUGAUACCACAGCGACUGAGAGGUCUCGCGCUGACGACAGGCCCAGGAAUAAGAAGGGCAAGUCAGAACUGAAGCUGCAGGGCAUCAAGGACUUUCUCCAAGACAAAAAAGCCAAGAAGCCGGAGUCUUUGUCGCCCGCUCUCUCUGCGAGCGGCCUCGCCAGACUCAAGAGUCUCACCACCUCCAAGGCCCAGAGCCGCGAUGAGCCCGCAGCGACCUCUGACUCCAGCGACACUCCUGCUCCCACCCAGGUGCACAAGAAAGCCAAGGGUAAGGAGGCCACGCCUACGCUGCCGAAAAUUCCCUCUUCGUCUUCCUCGUCUUCCUCUUCCUCCUCCGGCGCAGGGGCCAGCACCAGCAAGCCGCGGGAGGAGGAGUCUAAAGAGGAGGUGGGCGGGGAUAAGGAGCCCGCUGCGUCCACUAAUCUGUUUGAGAAGUUUCUGCUGAACUGUGAGGCUAAGGACCGCGUUCCCCGUAAACAGAUGGUCCACCCACCCACUGCUCCAGAGAACACAAAGCCACCGAAGCUGAUAGGUAAAAUUGAGAAAAGGACCAAGCCGACAAAGGAGUCCCCUGCUCGGAAGGCAGAGCCUGAAAAGACCAAACAUUCUGACGCAUUUCGGCCCAGUCAGAGCCAUGCUGCUUUGGAGAUGGAUGACAAGAUGGAUACAGAGGAGGAGCACGCCCAGAGGUCAAAGUUCGGUGGAGAAGACCGGAGGGAGGAAGCUCCACGCUGGGAAAGGAGGACCCAAGAGGAUGACCGGAGGAGGAGGAGGAGGGAGGACAGCGAGUCACGCCUCUUCAUUGCCUGUGAUGACAAUCAAGACCCUUUAGAGAGCACCGACAAAUCUGACAAAGGGCAAGCUUCUCUUAACCUCGGGAUGGACCUCAACUUGGACUGGAUGACACUGGAGGACUUUCAGAAACAUUUAAAUGGCGAGGAUGAGAUUCUCUCUGCUCCACCUCUAUCUCCUAGUGAGCUGCGUGAUGCAGUCAAAAGUGGCGAUUACAUGUCUGUGAAGCUGGCACUCAAUUCCAAAGAGGACUACAAUCUGGACCAAGAGGCAUGCACUGUUCAGCAGAAGAGUUUAAGUGGCAAGGAGAAGAGUUUUAUAAAUGAGGAAGAAGACAUUUUAAAUGUGCAAAAGAAGAGUGAAAGUGCUGAAGAGUCUCAACACCAAAAGGGGGAUUCUCACUGCGAAGGGAGUCCCGAUCCACACUUUGAGGGAAAUCCUCAUUGUGAGGGAAAUUGUCGUUCCCGCCGGAAUCGUCCCGGCUUUGGAAAUCCCCAUCACAAAGGCAACCCUUCACAUGGGAAAGAGAAGCCUGUUGACAAUGAAGAGAGCAGUUCGUGUGUCUUGGAGAAGACUUUAUGUGACAUGGAGAGAGCUUUAUAUGACAUAAAAAAGAGUGCUGAAGAGAACGGCUCAAGUGAUGAUAGUUCUAGUGAUGAGGUAGAAGACAGAACCCUGGAUUCAAACAGCCCAAGUGGGUCGGAUCCGCCUCCAUCUAAUGCAGAAAGCCACAAUGAGUCUGAUUCAUCCCCCCAAAUUUCAGUACAGCCUAGAAAAGCUUACAGAAAGAAAGUAGUGCCACGUAAAGGUACGCGGUCAAACUUACGUUCCAGCACAAAAAUGAAGGUCAGUGCAUGUAGUACAACAGUGGAUGGUAAAAGAAAAUGGGACAAAAAGCACUAUUGCCUCUAUUGCAAUGAACCACACAACAAAAUUGCAAGGCAUUUGGAAAGGGUGCAUGCCGAUGAAGCAGCUGUUGCUCAUGCUAUCAGCUUCCCUAAACUCUCCAAAAUCCGGUCUCUCUUACUGGACCAACUUCGCAACAAAGGCAACUAUGAACACAACUUUGAAGUUCUUCAAAGUGGAGAUGGGGAAGUUGUGACUAAGAAAAGACCCUCUUAUGAUGGUGUUUCUGUGCGUGACUACUUGCCCUGCCAACACUGCUUGGGUUUUUUCAACAAAAUAGAUUUAUGGAAGCAUGAGGGCUCAUGUAAAGCCAGAAAAGGGCAAGAUGAAAGGAAGGGAGGAAAGAGAGUACGAGUCCAGGCCGCAUCCUCUCGACUCCUUCCAUUGCCUGUCUACUCUACUGGAGGAUGUGAGGAAAUCAUACACAAUAUGAAUCAAGAUGACAUCUCAUGCCAUAUAAAAAAUGAUCCUCUGAUAUGUAAAUAUGGUAAUGCAUUAUCUGCAAAACAUGGUCAUGCGAAGUCACAGUUUACAUACAUUGGAUCCAAAAUGAGGGAAUUGGCUAGAUUUGUGCUUACUGUAAAUGAGAUGGACUGUGGUGUCCAAUAUUUACAUGAAGUAUGUGUACCAUCCAAAUUCAAAUUGGCAGUUCAUGCUGCCAGGAAAAUGAGUGGUUUUGAUCCUGCUUCAGACCGGUACAAGACUCCAUCGCUUGCUUUAAAGAUUGGCUACUCCUUAAAAAGAGCUACCGAAAUAGCUUUUGGAGAGAGUCGUAUGACUGAGGACUGUGAGGCAGAGGAACAAGCCAAAAAGUUCAUUGAACUUCUUGAAAAUGAUUGGAAUAAAUGUUUUUCCGGUCUGUCACUUAACACUGUAUCACAGUGUGAUGAAGUUGAUGUGUCUUCACUAACUGAGGAUUUGAUCAAACUUCAACAAUUUCUCAAGAUUGCGGAGGACACUGCAAAGCAAGAAUUGCUUGAGAACCCCACCAACGCCGUCUGGAAGAAGCUCAAUGAAACUCUUCUUGCACAGAUUGCUCUUUUCAACAGAAAAAGAACAGGAGAGGUUGCGAAAAUGCUUUUGGAAACGUACACCAACAGGAAGAAAGCUCCAGCUAGUGCCGACAUUUUCCUUAACCUCUCAAGGCUGGAGCAAGUGCUUGGUGAUGACAAAUUAACCAGGGUGGAAAUAGAAGGCAAAAACGGUAGAAAAAUGCCGGUCUUACUGACAGACAGGAUGAUCUCAUCUCUUGACAUCCUUAUUGCAAACAGAGACAAGGUUGGAGUGUCAAAAGAAAACCCUUAUGUUUUUGCACGAAGUAUGGAUGCAGCAAGUUACGUGAGAGGUUUUGACUGUCUGAGGAAAUUUGCACAUGAAUGUAAUGCGAAGAACCCUGAAAGUCUGAUCCAUGCUACAGUACGGAAAGAGGUGGCUAUACAUUGCCAAAUACUGAACUUGAAUGAAAGUGAAUUGGAUCAAGUGGCAAAAUUAUUGGGACAUGACACGCAGGUCCACAAAGAAUACUACAGACUAGCUGAAAACGCAGCACAUCUAGCGGAAAUCAGCAAAUUGCUGCUUGCAAUGGAUGAGGUUCCAGUUGUUCCAGUGACGUCUGAGGAAAGCGUAGUCUCUCCCACACAUGGGACAUAUUCUGCAGGGACGUAUGAACCAGUUGCAGAUUCUGCAAAGAUAUAUCCUACUGGGUCCUCGUAUUCCACGGGGUCCUCGUAUUCCACAGGGUCAUCGUAUCCCACCGGGACCUCGUAUCCCACCGGGAUCUCGUAUCCCACCGGGACCUCGUAUCCCACCGGGACCUCGUAUCCCACAGGGACCUCGUAUCCCACAGGGACCUCGUAUCCCACCGGAACCUCGUAUCCCACAGGGACCUCGUAUCCCACAGGGACCUCGUAUCCCACAGGGACAUCGUAUCCCACAGAGACAUAUUCAGCUAAGUCGUACACUGUGGGGGCGCAGCCUUUAAGGUCUUAUCAUGCUGGGACGUAUCCUGAGAAGCUGUAUGCUUUGGGAUCGCAUUGUUCCAGUUCAUUUUCUGCCGGGACAGAUUUUUCAAGGCCACAUCCUGCUGUAACGCAUGCUGCAGUGACCUAUUCUGCAGGUACAUAUGCUGCAGGGACCUGCCUAGCAGAGAAUCAUUCUCCCAGGUCAUACACUGCAGGGACACAUUUAACAAGAUCAUACCCUGCAAGUCCUUAUGACCUUUCAUCUCCUCCAAGUUCAUAUCCUUUGGGGCCAUAUCCGGCGGGGGGACAAUUUCCAAGGCCAUAUCCUGCUGGAACAUAUCCUACACAAACACUUUCAUCACGUACAGUUAUUACACCAACACUUAGUGUGCAUAGUCUUCCAGCAGAAACCCUUCCAUCGCAGGCCCUUCCAUCGCAGGCCCUUCCAUCGCAGGCCCUUCCAUCGCAGGCCCUUCCUUCGCAGGCCCUUCCUUCGCAGGCCCUUCCAUCGCAGGCCCUUCCAUCGCAGGCCCUUCCUUCGCAGGCCCUUCCUUCGCAGGCCCUUCCAUCGCAGGCCCUUCCAUCGCAGGCCCUUCCAUCGCAGGCCCUUCCAUCGCAGGCCCUUCCUUCGCAGGCCCUUCCUUCGCAGGCCCUUCCUUCGCAGGCCCUUCCAUCGCAGGCCCUUCCUUCGCAGGCCCUUCCUUCGCAGGCCCUUCCAUCGCAGGCCCUUCCAUCGCAGGCCCUUCCAUCGCAGGACCUUCCAUCGCAGGACCUUCCAUCGCAGGACCUUCCAUCGCAGGCCCUUCCUGUCGGGACAGUAUCUGCUGGUGAAGUUUCUCUGAGCGUAGGUCCUGCGAGUACCGGUCCUGCAGGGACAGUGGGCACGGUGUGGAAACGGAGACCGUGGAAUGAUGCGGCGAAGGCUGCAGUGAGGCGCCAGAUGGGAAACUUUAUCUCGAAGAUGCAGGUUCCUGGUAAAAAGGACUGUGAGAUAUGCCUCCACAAUGAACCAGCUCUACAAGACAGGACAUGGAGGGACAUCAAAAACUAUGUCCACAACACAGUGAAGUCUAUUAAAAGGAAAAAAGGGCUUACAGGUGUGGACCCUGGGAAACAGACAAACAAAGUAGCUGCAAAGAAACUUAAAGAAACUAAAUCGGCAAAUAGUGCUACAGAAGGGGUUGGUGGAAUUAUGACAGUACCUACAGAGGGUCAAGAGAAGAAACAAGAUGCCGGUAUUGUUGCUUUGCCAACACCAAGGAAGCAGAAGAUGUGGAGUGACGAGGCUCGUGCUGCAGUAAGGCGACAGCUGGGAGAUUUCACUAAACUGAUGAAGAUUCCAGGUAAAAGGGAAUGUGACGCAUGUAUUGCGGCUGAACCAGCUCUACAAAGCAGGACAUGGAAAGAUAUAAAGAACUAUGUGCAUAACACUUUAAUGACUAUGUGCAGGAGGCAUAUUUCGGGCAAACAAAAUAUGGACCAUGAAAAACCAAGUAUAAGGACACCUAAACCAGCGGUGCCACAGAAUCCAGAAGUGCAUCUGAAACCAGGGGUGCCACUGGGACUUCCAGAAGAUCCUCCUGUCUAUCUGUCUUUAUGAUUUUCUUUAACAUGUUUUGAAACCUCCCAGGAUUCAAGGUAAGAAAAGACAAGGGCAUAGCUUUUGAUUUUAUUUGACCGUACGCAAAAAUUAAGUAGCAUUUUAUGGAUAUAAUAUUACUACCUACUUAAUUCUGCAAAUGUAUCUGUAGCAAUUACAUAGUAGCAUAUUAUGCAUGAAAACAUGUUUAGCAUACUUUUACACGACUUUUGAAUUCAAUGAACUUCAAAAUUACAUUAUCCCAAUGUAUUAUGUGGUGCCAAAAAGCAAAUCCUUUCAUUGGAUACACAUUUGCAACUCUAGCAAAUGAGGUAAAGAUAUUUAUUCAAAAAAAAAUUAUUGCAAUUGUCAUUCAUUAAGUGUUUUAAUAACAAAUCUUCUGGGUUUGUCAAUGGCAACAGUGCCUCGUGGAUGCACAUUUGGAAUCGAAUCUUACCCUGUGUUUCCUUUAAACCAUAUAAAAUCCUAUUGAGUAGAAAUGCUCAUGAUAACUGACUGAAAUACAGUGGAUAUAAAAAGUCCACACACACCUGUUAAAAUGCCAGGUUUUUGUGAUGUAAAAGAAUGAGA